UAGUGCGCCGUAGACACAGCAUGCUUACAGUUUAAAUCUGAUUUCAAAUGGAUCGGUUGUUUGCCAGUGCUAAAAUGUUUUAAAUGUCUCUCACAUCUGAGUGUAUUUCUGGCUUCUUCCUCAAUUGCAAGGCGUUGGAGCCCAGGGUCCGCUUGAAACCCGCUCCGCGUUUUGUUUUAAGCAACGUAACAACGUAGGAAAGUGAAAGGAUAAGUGUAAAGAUGAAGAAUUUCUGCCGUUGGAGCCCCGUCCUAGUCGUUUCAUUAAGUUUCCUAUUUAUUUGUCUGCUACUAUCGACCAUCACUGUUGCUGUUCACGCCAAGCUCAAGAAUAACGAGAGAGAUGAUACUAAGAGCUCGGUAAACUACAGACUUCCACGUCGAAUUAUUCCCUUACAUUACAAAUUGGAUCUACGACCCAAUAUGCAAAAUAAGACGUUCGAAGGAAAAGUGAAUAUAAUGGUUAAAACAUUGGAACCCACAGAUAGUAUAACACUACACUCCAAUAAAUUAAAUAUAAACUCAGUGUCUUUGAAGGAUGUCUCCGGAAAAAACAUCGUAUUAUCCUCAAAUCUGACGAAUGACAAAAGACAAUUUUUAAAUAUUUAUUUGACACAUGAAGUUAAGGCGGACUCUUACGUAUUGGAUAUAGAUUUUUCUGGAAGCCUGAAUGGUUUGGUUGGAUUUUAUGCGAGCACAUUAAAAAACUCAAAAAAGAUGGUUGCGAGUAAGUUCCAGCCCACAUAUGCGCGUCAAGCAUUUCCCUGCUUUGAUGAGCCAGAUUUCAAAGCCACUUUUGAUAUUACUCUCACCAAACCUACAUCCUAUGUGGCACUCUCUAAUAUGAAUGAGGUAUCCAGAGUGAGGGAUGAUGUAUUGGACAUGGAUUCUGUAACAUUUGCACGCAGUGUGCCAAUGUCAACUUAUCUUGCGUGUUUCGUUGUCUGUGAUUUUGACUUCAAAGAAACAGAAGUUGAUUCAAUGGGAAUUGGUAAAAACUUUGUACUGCGCUCCUUUGCCCAAAAAGGCCAGACAAAUAAGAUAGAUUUUGCUCUAGACAUUGGGAAGAGAGUAACAGAAUUCUACAUUAAAUACUAUGAAGUGCCAUUUCCACUUCCCAAAUUAGAUAUGAUUGCGAUUCCCGACUACCAAUCAGGCGCCACGGAGCACUGGGGUCUGAUUACAUACCGGGAGACGUCAUUCUUAGUAGAUGAGACCACGUCUUCCUCCCGAAAUAAGGUUGCUGUAGCUAACACAAUUGCACAUGAGUUGGCUCACAUGUGGUUCGGAAACCUGGUGACAUUGAAAUGGUGGGAUGAACUCUGGCUGAACGAAGGAUUUGCGACUUACAUGCAAGUGAAAGCCUUGGACUCUGUGGAGCCUUCUUGGACAAUGUUGGACCAGUUCCUAACGAAAACGCUCCAUUCGGUACUGGUGACGGACGCCAAGCUGUCCAGCCACCCCAUCGUGCAGACCGUGGACACUCCGGACCAAAUCACUUCCAUUUUUGACGCCAUAUCUUAUAACAAAGGUUCGUCAGUGUUGCGUAUGUUGGAAGGCUUCGUUGGCGCGGAGAACUUUCGCCGCGGCGUCUCGGACUAUCUCAAGAAGUACAUGUUCGGGAACACGGUCACUCAGGACCUGCUGUCGUCCUUGGAGCCCUACUUCAAGGUCGACAACCCUCAACUGGAUCUCAAGUAUAUAAUGGAUACGUGGACACGCCAAAUGGGCUACCCUCUCCUCACAUUGGCAAAGGGCAAGGACCCUAACACCUUCGUCAUUACACAGUCGCGCUUCUUGCUCAACCCCGACGCUAAAUAUGAAAACGAUUCAGAGUACAAUUAUCGUUGGUUUGUGCCAAUAACGUACAAGACUAACAAAGGAACGAGCGAAAAAAUUUUAUGGUUUUCGGAUAAAGCGAAUGAAGUGACCUUGAAAUUAAAUGCCGACGAAAGCUGGCUGAAAAUUAAUAACAAUCAAGUUGGUUACUACCGUGUCAACUAUCCGGAAGAUAUGUGGCGGGAACUUAUUGAACAGCUCAAGGAAAAGACAAACAAACAGCUCACAAUAUCGGAUCGAGCGCAUUUACUAAACGAAGUUUUCGCCCUCGCAGAGGCGCGCGUGGUGCCCUACGAGCUGGCCCUGGACCUCACCUGCUACCUGCCUCAGGAACAGGAUUACGUCCCGUGGAAUACCGCCACGGCUAUCUUUACAGACCUCUCGAAGAAACUACGUAACACGCCGGCUUACGAUGAUCUAAUGGUGUAUGUACAAAAGUUGAUAACACCAUUGUAUGAAUCGCAAAGCUGGGAGAAGAUCUCAGGAAGUAUUAUCGAUGGGUUGCUUCGCUCGAAGGUUCUUCGAACGGCAGCGUGGUGUUCAUUACCAGCGGCCGUAGAGCGCGUGCGCUCGCAGCUGCGCGCCUGGCUGCGGCACCCCGCCUCGCUCGCCGCGGGGAUAGAGCCCGACUUGCGGGACUUCGUCUAUUAUGAGGGAAUGAAGUCAGCAACUCAGGAAGAGUGGGACAGGAUGUGGGAGAUCUACCAGCGCGAGGAGGAUGCGCAGGAGCAGGCCAAGCUGCGCGCUGCGCUCUCUGCGCCGAGCGACACCAGUAUACUGAUGAGGUACUUAACCCUCAGCUGGGAUGAGAAGAACAUUCGAAGCCAGGACUAUCUGAACGUAUUGCAGCAUAUCGCGAUGAAUCCAUCUGGCACUUCACUAGUUUGGAGCGAGGUGCGGGCAAACUGGCCUCGACUAGUGGAACGGUUCACGCUGAACAGCCGAUACCUCGGAGGGUUGAUACCUGGGAUCACUAGCAGCUUCAACACUGACGCUCAGCUGAAAGAGAUGGAAGACUUUUUCGCCCAGUACCCUCAGGCAGGGGCGGGCGAAACGGCACGAAGACGCGCUUUAGAGACCGUGCGAAACAAUGUUCAAUGGCACAACACACAACAAGAAAAAGUUGCCGCCUGGCUUCGCAAGCCCACUAUGUAAUCUAUACCCUAAUUACAACACCGUUAAAUUGAAAAUAUACUGUUUGAUUGUACUCAUUAUUCGAAAUCAAAACUGAAUCUCGAAUUAAUCGAUCCAAUAUAAGAAGUUACGGAUCCUUAAAAAGGUCAUAUUUUUUCUAGAAGCUUUAACUUGCUUUGUUUUAGACAUAUUUUUUAACGUUAUAUAUUGACCUUCCCUUAGAAUAAUAAUUAUAAAUAAUAAUUGUCAGAAUUUUUUGACGUCAAAUAAAACUAUGAAUGAUCUUUUUUUAUUUUAAUUUGUACAAGUACCUUGAAUUGAAAAGUGCAAAAUUGCACAAAGUCUUCUAUAGUAGAAAUAUAUGGUGAAAUAAAUAGAAAAUUUAAAAUU